GCCUGCCGCUACACCGGCGACCGCGGGCCGACCCCGGCCCGGAAGUGACGCAACUGCACCGAGCACUUCCGGAGCUAGGAGACUACUUCGCCGGAGGAAGCCGCGCGGGCCUUGACCGGCGUCGGCCCGUAGCCUCGGCUCCUGCCGCCGCGCCCGAGUCUAAGUCCUCUGGCCCGGCGCGACGCAGACUGGCCCGCCCGGGCUCGGCGGCCGUGUGGCCGCGGCUCCCGAUGGAAGUCAUAUGACAGAAAAUUUGGGUGACAUCUUUCUAAAAGAAUUUCAAGAAUUACAGAAGACAGAACACUAAUGCAUUUGAGAAGGUGGUAAAGUUUGGGGGGAGGGGGAAAAUCCUACUUUCCUGAUCUGCAAAUUGGCUGGAUGCUAAGAUGUCUGUGGACAUGAAUAGCCAGGGAUCUGACAGCAAUGAAGAAGACUAUGAUCCAAAUUGUGAGGAGGAGGAGGAGGAGGAAGAAGAAGAAGAGGAUGAGGACCCUGGGGACAUAGAGGACUAUUAUGUGGGAGUAGCCAGCGAUGUGGAACAGCAGGGAGCAGACGCCUUUGAUCCUGAGGAAUAUCAAUUUACCUGUUUGACCUACAAGGAGUCGGAGAGUGCCCUCAACGAGCAUAUGACCAGCUUAGCCUCUGUCCUAAAGGUAUCUCAUUCAGUUGCAAAACUUAUAUUAGUUAAUUUCCACUGGCAAGUUGCGGAGAUUUUGGACAGAUACAAGUCUAAUUCUGCUCAACUGCUUGUUGAAGCUCGAGUUCAACCUAAUCCAUUAAAACAUGUCACCACAGCCCAUCCUCCUCACCAUUGUGCAGUGUGUAUGCAGUUUGUGCGGAAGGAAAAUCUACUCUCUUUGGCGUGUCAGCAUCAGUUUUGCCGCAGCUGCUGGGAGCAGCACUGCUCUGUACUUGUGAAGGAUGGUGUGGGUGUGGGAGUCUCUUGUAUGGCUCAAGACUGUCUACUGCGAACACCAGAGGACUUUGUUUUUCCAUUGCUACCCAAUGAAGAAUUAAGAGACAAAUACAGGCGCUACCUCUUCAGGGACUAUGUGGAGAGUCAUUACCAGCUCCAGCUGUGCCCUGGUGCAGACUGCCCCAUGGUUAUCCGAGUACAGGAGCCCAAAGCUCGCCGUGUACAGUGCAAUCGGUGCAACGAGGUCUUCUGUUUCAAGUGUCGUCAGAUGUAUCAUGCUCCCACGGACUGUGCCACAAUCCGGAAAUGGCUCACGAAGUGUGCAGAUGACUCUGAAACAGCCAACUACAUUAGUGCUCACACUAAAGACUGUCCCAAGUGCAACAUCUGCAUUGAGAAGAACGGAGGCUGCAAUCAUAUGCAAUGCUCCAAGUGUAAACACGACUUCUGCUGGAUGUGUCUAGGAGAUUGGAAGACCCAUGGCAGCGAAUAUUAUGAAUGCAGUCGGUACAAGGAGAAUCCUGACAUUGUCAACCAGAGCCAACAAGCCCAAGCCCGGGAAGCCCUCAAGAAGUACUUGUUUUACUUUGAGAGGUGGGAAAACCACAACAAGAGCUUGCAGCUAGAGGCACAGACAUACCAGCGGAUUCAUGAGAAGAUUCAGGAGAGGGUCAUGAAUAAUCUGGGGACAUGGAUCGACUGGCAGUAUCUACAGAAUGCUGCUAAACUCUUGGCCAAGUGUCGAUACACCCUGCAAUACACCUACCCAUAUGCAUACUACAUGGAGUCUGGACCCAGGAAGAAGCUGGCCCUGCCCCGGCUACAGUCCCCUCUCCUUUUGACCCUCCUGCUCUACCCAUACAGUUUGAAUACCAGCAGGCUCAGCUGGAGGCUGAGAUUGAAAACCUGUCAUGGAAAGUAGAACGUGCAGACAGCUAUGACAGAGGGGACUUAGAGAACCAGAUGCACAUAGCAGAGCAGCGGAGGAGAACCCUGCUGAAGGAUUUCCAUGAUACCUAGAUUGGGACGUGGACAUGCUGGAACGAGGAAGAUGUGGCUGCAAAGUCUCCCGGCUGCCAUACUGCAUGCUGCAGGCUCUGCCUUUCACGACCCGGGCAACAGCCAGGGCCCCACUCCUGAGAGACACUGGCCGCACACCUCUUAGUCAGUUUCUGUUUUCUUCUCAUCUUUCACUUUUUGUUUAUACCAGGGUAGAGGCUAUGUUGAAUUGGUCUCUUUUCAGGACUUUUAAUUCCCCCUGGAUGGUUAUUGGGAGGGAGGGAAAGUUUUUCUGAAUGACUAUUGAUAGUAUUAGAUCAUUACAACUUAAUGUAAUUUUUAAAGGUUGUUCAAUUAUACAAAAAGGGGGCAAUCAAACAUAGAAUUACAUAGAACCCUUUUAAAAAAAUAAAUUGGCGUUGGAGUGUUUUACCCUCUAGCUAUUUCACUUAGAAUGUAACGUAUGCUGUCCACCCACCCUGCCCCAGAAUGUCUACUCCAAGAAGGCUUCAGGGUGGUCUCUGGUUUCCAGAUUCUUGUGUGUUGGGCCACGGCUGGAGUUCCAAAAAGGAAGAACAUGGGUGGAAGAUGGUGGGAGGUUGAGUUGGCCUGUGGGACAGUUGUGGCACACAGGGAAUUCCAUCAUGCCUUCUGCCUGGCCUUGUAGAUCUUUUUGUGGUCUGCUGUAUCUUGGCAGUGAAGAGACCAUACAGAACAGGGUCUUUCUACAACAUAUCAUCAUCUCUGAUGGUGCUGCUUGUCUGCGGGCACAUCUUUAUUCUUAAAAUGAAGUUUACCUGGGUCUGGCUGCUGAGACCAAAACCCACUUCAGAACAGAAGCAGGCUCUUGAGCCUCCAGGCCGGGGAACAUGAGUUUCAGGACAGUGUAUCCUUUCAUCUCCUGAAAAUAAGAGAUCCACUUUUAAAGGGAAUUCUUCCCCUCCCCCCUAAUACAUUUGUUUUACCUUGGUCCUUUCUUUUGUGCCAGUGUUCUUGUGGUAUAACUGACCAGGUUUACAUGUGGCCAUAGCUUACACUGUUGCUACACUCUCCUCCAAUGAACUUCAGGGUCAGAGUUCAGCAUAGUCCUCCUGAGGGCAUAGGUGUUCCUGAUUCAGGGGCCAGGUUUGCACAAGUUGUUUUCAUGUUUCCUGGAGUAUGGCCAGCAGCUGCUUUGGGUGUUGGAUCUUCUCUGUCUCCUCAUUGCAGCUGUUGGGAGUAUACCACCUCUAGGGUCUGGGAGUAUGAAUCCAGGACGUUGCAUGGCUUGUUGUCCCAACUUGUAUGCUAGAGGGACUGACCAGGGAAGAGGACCAGUUUUUGGACAGUUGAGUGCAAAGGAGCAGUAGUUUUUAUGCUUUCCUAGCUGUCCCAAACCUGGUCCUAUAGACUUGAAACCUCUCUCUGACUCCUGGGGUUUUCUGUGACUUUGUUCAGUACCUCCACUCUUGAGUCUGGCAGAGCUAUCUAUACUUGACAGGGCUUCCUUGACCUUCUAGAAGAGUUGCUAGGGAGAUGUAUGAAUAUUGUGUUGGAAAUUCUUUGAUCGUCAAAUAUUUUUACCUCUAGUCUGCAGUUCCCCAGGUACAGUAUAAGCUGUAAAGAUCUAAUCACUCCUGAAAAGGAAACAGCUCUGGUUGUUGGGGUCAUGGAGCAUAUGACGGACUACAGGCUUCCUUUCUCCCCAUCAGGUUUUUGUCUCUUCCUAUUCUCUCCAACAGGGGAAGGCCUGGGGUGGAGUGGGAGGACAAGUUAGGAGUGUAACAAAUGAAUCCAGAAUUAGAAAGUGCAGAGCUAAUUGUGAAUGAGUGCUUGCUGCAGGACCUAUAGCUGGAGUGCAAAUGCUUGUUGACAGAUGAAACAUCCUGGCAUCUGGUGGACCUGUGGUCAGCCCUGCACCUUAAUCACCCUGGGUAUCUCUGGGCAAUUUUUUUGGACUGUAUAGCUACCACAUAGUGCACUUGCAUUCAGCCGUGGCCCCAACCACUGGAGCUGCAGGAGGUUCUGUCCUCGGACCACAGCCUGCAGCCUUGACCUGUGGAGAACUUCCUUUUGUGCCCCCGGUGGCUGUCCUUUGUUAACAUCAUCAGAAUGAUGGAAAAGUUCUGGUGGAGUUUUUCUGCCCUACAAAGGAUAGAAGAUAAAGGCACAGUGUUUUCAUGAAUUUACCAUAUAUCUUUGUUUUUCUUCAAAGAAAAGGUUAAUUGGGGCAAUGUCAUCUGCUCAAAGUUGAGUGGUUUAUUCAAAAUAAACUGAAAAUUUCUGAUUACAGAA